UACGUCGUACAGUGAUGUUCGAUUUCGUAAGAAAUUUAUCACAAAAAUUUCUUCACUUGACAGAGAGGAUUGUAAUUCGUAAACAAAUUGGGGACUAAAUUCAGUAACGCAUUUUCUCGAAAAACUUUUCACCAAAUUAUGAACAAAAUUUUGUAUCGCGAAGACGGCCUCUAGUCACACAUUUGAUUCUGAUUCUAAUAUGUUCAUUUUCUUUGCAGGCGGAGGCUCAGCUCUGAAAGAUGUGUCCGUUACGAUUCCAACGGCCGUACGUGUGAUGGACACGAUAACCCUUCAGUGUCGGUUUGACCUUGAGGGCGAACCUCUGUAUACGUUGAAAUGGUACAAGGGCGGCAAGGAGUUCUAUCGGUACAUACCCAAAGAAAUGCCCAACACGCAGGUAUUUGCGCUGCCAGGAAUAAACGUUGACAGAAGCAAGAGUAAUCCGUACGAGGUAGUUCUGAGGAACGUUCAACCAGAAGCAACUGGAAAAUACAAAUGUGAAGUAUCGUCUGAUGCUCCCAACUUCUAUACUAUCAUGGAAUCGGCCUACUUGUUUGUUAUCGAUGUUCCAGUGGAUGAUCCAGUAAUGACAGUGGAUAAGGAAGUAGCCGAUGUUGGCUCUAUCCUUACAGGAAACUGUUCAACGCCCGCCUCAUAUCCCGCAGCAAAUAUAACGUGGUAUCUCAAUGGGAAAAAGAUACCUCAGAGCUCCCAACGCCUUCUCACGCCCUCGGAGCUGCAGAACACCGUCCCCUCCGCAUCUGCGACUUCCGUGAAUCCCCGUCGCACGCCUAUGGUGGCGUUCUCGCAACUAGAAUUAGAUAUAGACGAAGAUACAUUCCAAAACGGUAAAGCGAGACUAAAAUGUGCCGGUACCAUCUUUCAUCUGUAUAAGAGGGAAAAGGAGAUAGUGUUGGAAGAAGAGCGGCCCAGACCGAAACCCUCGUCGGUAUUGGGGAUCCGGGAUGCUGCAGGAGAUUCGUCGCAGCAUUCCAAGAGCGUCUUCAGUGUCACCAUCUUGACUAUUUUCUUUCUUGUGCGGUAACAAAUUGCAGUGUAUCUUCCGCUAAGUAUAUAGAUUGUAUAUAUAGAACGUGUAAAUAAUCCUUGGGUAGAAUCAUGCCUAUAUGUUGUAACGUGUGUAAAUAAAGUGUAAAUAGGGAAAGGUGAAUAUGUGUCGUGGAAGUUUUGAGAGUGUUGGAUUACUGCAUCGGGAAUAUGUGUGUAGGGUAGUCAUAGAGUUUAUAAACGUUUAUAAAUUGCGCAAGUCUCUAAAGAGCUAGCGAUUUGUUAGCUUUAGUUCCAAAUGACGUAAUUUAAAGCGGAUUCUGGGCAAGCAAAGGCAUUGAAUGAAAUAUAUAAUGAAUUUUGAGGAAGCUUCGUAGGUUAAAUUCAUAGGUUGAACAUCUUUAAUGUGGUGUAUAAUACCGUGAACUCACUUUUCUCCUGCGAACAAAGUUUCCGUUAAAGAUCCUCCUCCAAGAUUGCUCUAGUCAGUUAGUUGGAGAAUAAAACUCUAGGUUUUGAAUAUCAAGCGAUGAUACGACGAAUUCAGAAUACUACAGAUGUGUGAUAUAGUGCUUCCGCUGGAGUUUCUAUGCGUGAAGUUAGUGCGAGUAUUCUGAUAAAGUUAAGCGACUCCGAACAGACUAGAGCUAUUUUGCGUUGCAAAGCUAGUCGAAAAGUUUUGAGAGUACGACGGGGCAUGCAUCUACUUUCAAUUGUAGAUAAAUCAGUUGCAGUAUCGCCGAUCGAGUCGAAAUCCACGCAUCGUCUAAGCUAAGAAAGAUCUUGCAGCCUUGUCUGCGAUCUCGUUCUUCGUUUGCGUGUCAAAUGCUCCACACAUUCAGUGAUGAUAUCUAGUUACUGCGAUUCAAUAGACACGCCGCAGCAAGAGUGACAGUGGUGAUCGAAACUAUUCAUCACAAAACAUAUAUACUGAAGAUUAAUUCCAUGCAAUUCAACGUCAAGAUGGCUGACUUAUCUACUUGUCAGCGCGAUAGUUGCCAAAUUGUGCAUCCAUGCCUCGCAAUACAUAUAAAUAUGUAUGCUGUAUAUUGACCUGGGUAUAAAGCACGUUUUGUGGAAACUUCAAAAUCAACUGUUUGAUAAUUUUGUGAGGUAUGGUGUGGUGUGCCACGCAUACACCACAGAACAAUUUAGGAUAUGGUUCCAUGAUAUGUAACAUAUUUUGUAAAUAGUCUUAUAGUCAACGAUAUGUUAUCGUAUUUGUAAGCCUUUGAGUCGCAUCGAAUACUGACGCUUCCUGCUCGCAAGUUCUUUCUUAAUUUAAAAAAAAAUUGAUGGUACCUUCCAAUGCAGCACGAAAAGCCUGUGCUUUUGUGGCCUCCAUCUCAAUUCAUUACGGAUACAAGAAGGUGUAAACUAUCGAUAUAGCUUAAAUGGAAUUUAAACGAUAUAACUGGAAUAUGCUGUUCAGUCAUAUAACCACAUGAUGCUGAAUGAUUUUGUGGAGAUGUGAUACCUACUGAAGCUUAUUUUGUGUAACCGCAAAAAUCAAAUAAUUGUUGUAUACUCCGCAAUUUACAAUGAUGAUAGUAAUAGAAUAUCCUCUUGUUCAAUAGCAGUGUCAGCAAGGCUGUGCAACUCAAGGGUAUGUGUAUCUAAAACCAUGUGCGUACAAUCACCAAUAUUUACGAGCUGAUAUCUAUGCAUACAAAACUGCAAAUAUACAUAUAAAGAACAGCGCUAUUAGAAAAGGUUCGA